UCUGUUGUCUCUGACAGGAACGUCACGGUAUUAACUUUAAAGGGCCUCCAACCUAUUCCAGGCGAUAGCAGCAAAUACGCCGUGGAUUACGAAAAUAUUCAGCCGAGCUGGUCGGACUUCUACGCCUACAUCAGAGAAACCGUCGAUGCUUGUCGGAAUGUGAAACAAUUUGGCGGCCAAGACAAUCAUUUUAUAGUGGGAACUGACGGAAAUUAUAAAGUGUGUCUGGACGAGGGCGUCGCGCCCACUCCAGGCUCCUGCACCGUCCUCUCCUUCGGCAUCAACAAUGAGUGGAGCUUUGAUGACGCCAUGGAGGAGUACGGCUGUGAUGUGUACUCGUUCGACCCCACCAUGAGCGACCCCGAGCACAUCCGAGGCAAGAGGGUUCACUUCUACCCUCUGGGCCUCGGCGGUGUCACCCAAGAAGUCGAUAUUCUCCUCUCCAAGUCGAUAUUCUCUGCUAAAUGUCAGGUGCUCACCUAUCGUGACAUCCUAGCAAAGAUCGGCAAGACGAACUCAAUUAUCGACUACUUGAAGGUCGACAUCGAGGGCUUCGAGAUUGACUUCCUAGAGAACGUGCUCUACGACGAUCAGGAACUACUCUUUAGAAUCAAGCAGAUCGGCAUGGAACUACACCCAACGGUUUUCGCAAGUGAAAAUACGUCGGUGAGAAAGCAGAAGUACUGGCGGCUCGUCCACAAGCUGCGAAGUUUAGGUUUCACACCGAUAUUCGGUGAGCCCAUUCCUGUAUGGCUCCUCUCAUACACGUACGAAGGAAAAACAGAAUCGCUUUGUUGUUAUGAAAUUGUAUGGAUUAAUAACCGCUUUGUGAAGAAAUGAGUUUUUAUUCAAAGUUUCUAACAACACAAUUUAUAUGAGACAUUUCGUAUUAUUGUUAUGAGCAUAAGGGUAAGAAUCACGAAUGCAAGUCAUUAGGGAUGAUACUAAUAGAAGCAUGGUACACGCAACAAAAUAUGUAACGGGUAAUGCAUAACAAGCUUGUUCAAUUUCAUUUUUUCAUAAUGCGCAAUUUGCCGCGUUUAAAUGAAAAUGAUGACUAAAGCGUAUCAUUUCUUUAUUGUUACCUCUUCAUGUGACAACCACCACUUCAUAGCAUGUGAACUCUCUUAAAAUUACAGCAAAUUUCACGAUUACACUCGGGUUCUCUUAUUGGCUGUGGGAGUUCAAAUGAAAGCUUAACACGGCAUAGGUGUCAAGACCAUAAAUUGCCUUAUAUGGCUGCAAGCAAAGCGAUGUAGGAUUUUAAUGCGCGAGCAAAAAAUAAUCUAGUUGAAAUGAUGGUAAUUCACUUUCAUAAAAAUCUCUCAGUCUUGAUCAAUUUAAUAGAAUGACUUUGCUGAAUGCAAAAUUGUCGUGUUUAGAACACACAGGAGUAUUUUAUUAUUUUUUAAAUGUCAAAAAGUUUCAGGAUCAGUGUUAAUUUA